GACAGUUUUGUAGUCAAUGCCUGUUUGGCGAGGAAGGGAAUCGAUGACUGGCUCGUGAAACAGAAAUACUACUGCACGAGCUCCCGUCUCGAGCAACAGGACUGUCACCUCAAGAAUAACUGCGGGUUGACUGCACGGCCGAUCCGCUUUGAAGCCUCAGUCAGAGGCAGUGCAGCGCUUCAGUACCUCACAUCAACACCCUCUAUCUCGGCUCCAUCUCGGGGCAUCAUGUUUUACUGCUGCGUGGCGAACUCCCUGGCCGACGCCUGUGCUGAGAGGAUUGGGGAUGAACAUUAUCGUUUAGAAGUGGCUUUACCCCCGGAGAAGACAGACAGCUGCUGUGUGGAGGAGAAGAUGCAGGAGAGGGACAGCCAAUCUCCCGCAGGGCCACAGAAACAGCUCCAGUUUGAAGAACUGGAGUGCGCUGUGUCCGUCGAGGAGGACAACAGACAGGAAUGGACGUUCACCCUCUACGACUUUGACAACAGUGGCAAAGUUACAAGAGAGGACAUCACCAGCCUGCUCCACACCAUCUAUGAAGUUGUAGAUGCCUCCGUCAACCACUCUCCGGGCAACAGCAAGACUCUGCGGGUCAAGCUGUCGGUGGCUCCUGAUUCCAGCCAGCGGUGGAGGAGCUGCACGCAGGGCGCCGCAGAUAUGUCCCACCCCCGAGAGAAAAAUGACAAGUGCAUCGAAGACCCCAAGAGUGCAGACAAGAAGUCUCGUGCGCUCCUCAGGCGCCACCACAGUGACCACCACACCCAGCCCGGCUGCCAGCGCCACUGUGUGGAUGAGAACCUGGAACGCAGGAACCACUACUUGGACCUGGCAGGCAUAGAAAACUACACAUCCCGCUUUGGGACCGCCCCUGUUGCAGAACCGACUAAAGCAGAAACUCAGACACGUUCAUCCAACCAGGCCCGUUCUCGCUCUCACGAACCAGAAAAUGGCCACGCCCACCCCCACCACCGCCGCUUGCAGACGCUCGUGGACGCUGCCAUCCCCGACAGCCUCCACCCCGCCCGGCCCAGAGGCCAAGACUCAGAAAGGCACGCCAUCCGCUCCCCCAAGAACCACAGCCGCACCCCGCCGGCGCAGGUCAGCGGCAGGGUGAUGAGGAACAGAGGCGUCCCGCCUCCCCCAGCCCUCCCCAGCCAGACGCCCCCCCACCAAUCUGCAGCGCCGUACCGCAAACACAAGCAGCGGACCAAGGACAGCCAGGGCUACCGGGCUCUGGGCUCGCUGGUGUCUCCGGGACCGGUGGUGGAGAAGGAGCAGGUGAGGGACCUCCCCAGCGUGCUGCUCUACGAGGGUGGGCUGGCGCAGGUGGUGCAGCGGCAUGAGCACCACCACCACCAUGAACACCAUCACCACUACCACCACUUUUACCAGUCUUGAAUUUCUAACCUGCCUGGGACAGCUAAGCACGCACCCCAGCGAUGACCAGCGGGCAGUGCUUCCUCAAACUGUGCGGCGGGCCCUGCAGGGCUCAGAACACGGGGGGGCGGGGCGGCGUCCCAGUGCUGAGACGUUUUUAACCAGUGUUCUAGGGGGGUGGGUCAGACACGCAGAAGCUGGGGCGAGCAGCAGAACAGAAGAUUCAGGGCCGCAGCGCAGCACUCUGAGAGCAAGGACCACGGCCAGACUCCAGAGCGGGCGGAGAGGGACCGAUGAGCUCGCACCCACCCCUGCUCCUGCCUCUGUGAUCCUCCACCCGACGAACCGCACACCUGGAAACCAGCACCACAACUCUUCCCAGACCACUAAACCAAAAGGAGAAGGAGGACUAAAAGAAAAAGAGACUGAUUUAAACAGGAGACUACAUGAAGGAAUAUAAGUGAUGGAACAGCAGGGCAAGGUGUGAAUGUGUUGGAAAUACUGUGUCAAUGAAGUGGACGCAGCCAAACUGUGUGUGUGUGUGUGUGUGCGUGUGUGUGUGUGUGAGGACCUGAGUGGCACGACACUGGUGUCUGUUGAAAAC